AUGGAAGCAAAAGUCCAUGAAGAAUUGUUGUCAUUUCUAGCAAAGCACAGUUUGGAGGAGACAGUCAGCAACAUUGACGACAUUGUCCUGUCAUACCUGGUUGGUGUGGUGGAGCUGGUUAGUCAGGGGGACGAUGGCUUGGACGUUGUAGAACUCAUCGAAAUGAUGAAUGCUUAUUUGCCAGGGUUUGAUCAGAUUGGAAGGUCAGAAGUAAUUGAUUGGAUGUUUGGACUAGCCAGUAAAUUGAUCGGUUGCAUUGAAGUUAGCCAGGAAUCACCAUGGAAUGGAGAUAAACUAUCACUUGUCACAAAUAAGAGUGAAGUUCUGCUUGAAGUGAGCAGUAAAACUGAUCUGUCACUGAAGGAUACAAAAUUCCCAACCUAUGAUUAUGUAGACAGAAAACUUGUAUGGGACAGCUCUUUGAAGAAUGGUUCUGUCUCAGUCCUUGAGAGCCUGGUGCGGCACUCAGGAACUCAGGCUAAAUACGAGACUGGUUGCAACGGUGACUGUCAAUCACUAGAGUCCAUUUCCUCACCUCGCGCCAAAAAUAUACCGCCAGCAGUGCUUCCGGUGUUGACUCUGCCUGAGACUGAUCACCAGCAGUCAUGUUCCAAGCGCAAAGGGAGGCAACUCAGCUGCUCUUCACAAGACAGUCAGGAUGAAAUCCCCAAGCAGACGGACACUGUCACCAUUAAAGAAGCUCAAGUGAGGGUUCUGCUGGACAUGUUUCCAUCAGCGUGCACCAUGGAAGCACGACACUGCCUGCAGCUGUCAGCUGGCAACAUGGACCGCGCUGCUCAGCUGAUCAUGGACAGACAAGAUACAGGGCAGGCCAUUAAAUCUCAGGCAAAAGCUAAAUCCUUGAAAAAGAAUCACAAGGUGAAGAAAACAGUUGACUACAAGUUAGAUGAUGCCAGCAUUAAAUCUUGUGUUGUGGAGAAGUACUCUUUCAUCGAUACAGAAGAGGACAAGAAAACCUAUCGCCCCCCACCACCUAAAGGGGAAGCCAAGAAAUUAGUACGAUAUCGAGACGGCCAAGUUGUCAGCAUGAAAGGCGAGCGGUUCACCGAGGUCAAGGGGAAGGAGGAGGAGAACAUGAAAGCUUCGUACAUCAACCUCAAACCAGCCAGGAAAUAUCGCUUCCAUUGA